CAAAAAUAGGUAACAGUUCGCGUUUACUCAGUAAAUGUUUUGCACUGUGACAUGGAAGCAUAUAUAAGGCCAGAAAAACUCUCAAACUUGGAGGAUGUAUGUGCCCUUCUUCAAGACAAAGGAACCAAAGAGCCAUACAAAGACUAUUCAUCUCUCCCUCCAAUUGUUCACUGGUUUGAUGUGCUGGAAAACAGUCUUAUCAAAGACGAUCCCUUCAAGACAAAUUUUGGAGUCAGUAAUUACACUGUGCUGGUCCCCCAUGUGUUACAGCUCCUGCGGUUCUGUUUCCUGACAAGGAGGGAUGUGCCCACCAUUACCCUCCUUAAUUACUUCGCAGAGGAACCAAACAAGUUCAUUGACAUCAUCUGGAGAGGUGUAUCAGAAUUGGCAUUUCAUGACCCCAGUCAGUAUAAGCCAUUCCUUGAACAACUUGUAAAUCAGGUGAAGCAACUUAACAAGCUGAAUGCCAAGGAGGUACUACUGGAAUAUCUAUUGUUUGUCUUACACCAAGGGGAGGUCACUGAGGCCAAGUAUCUUCUUACUAAUAUUCCAAAGCAGCAGAAAUAUACCAAACCAACUGAGCACAGCAAACAAAUAGAAAUUUUAUGUAAGGCUUAUCAUGGUCUGGUGUUUUAUGUGGAGUGGAUGGUGGCCAAAAAUAGAAAUCAGAGGCUCAAAGACUUAGGGGAUCAUUUGGAUGAUGACAUCAGCGAUAAUUACGAGGACCUAAUGGAAUCCUGUGCUGACAAGGCCCUGAAUUGUUUUGAUGUUCUAAAGUCAGUCCCAGGAGUCUGGGAUAUAUUCAUCACCAAGCAAGUGGAGAUUUUAGAACACUACUGUAAACUGGAUGAGGCGGAGGAGAUUUUACAGGCUUACAAACAACAGAACAAGGAGAACCCUAAUGCUCACAAAUAUUUAUAUCACUUCGCUGUCCACCAUAACUGGCCAGUGUUUACCAGAAUCAAUCUGUUGAAGGAUCUUGCAGAAAAUGUACCCUCAGACCCUUUAGUGAUUGAUCUUUGUGAAUUAUUGAUAGAAGAAGACAAAGCAGCAGAUGCCUUACGUCACCUGUUUGAUCUUUUGGAUGAUGGCAGCUGGCAGUUUGAACUUCGACCCUGGAAACUGAUGUCAAACCUACUGACCUCAAACGUGAAAAGUCAUACUGUGAUUGAAGAAUGCUUGAAGUAUCGCUUAUCCUGGUGGCCUCAGUAUCAUUUCACGUCAACACACAACUCCUCCUCUCAACUCUGUCUCCACAAGGCUAUCUGCUGUCUCAUCAUAUUUCCUCAGAAUAUCUGUUUUCUGGAGAGUGUAAAGGCAUUACUUUCAGCAGAGGAAAAGGAACAACUUUCAUCUACUGAGGAAAGACUGAAGAUUCUCUCUGAAGUCACAUGACUUGAUUGGAC